AUGGGCAAGCUCUUGGUGAUAAUGUUAGUUGGUAUUUUCUUGGCUUUCGAAAGCUUGGAAGCUCUUGAUUAUGGAGAUGCACUAAACAAGUCCAUCUUGUUCUUUGAAGGCCAACGAUCCGGUAAACUCCCGGUUAAACAACGGGUUAACUGGCGAGCCGAUUCUGCCCUUUCCGACGGUGAACCAGAUCAUGUCAAUUUGAUUGGAGGGUAUUAUGACGCAG